CCACAAACUCGAUACACGACAUUCUGUUGAUGAGAAUCCAAGGGAGUUGGAUUAAACCGGUCUGUAUCCCGGAAAUUGUUUAGAAUUUGAGGUAAAUGCUGCCGGGAGAUGCUGUCGCCGCAAGAGAAAACAAGCGGAGAACCAGAAAAAUAAAAUCACAGAAUCGAGGCCUAUCGUGACAGUUAGCUGGUGUUAGAAUGGAUGACGACUGCAAUGGCCAUCCCUACAUGUCAGGCAGUGGAGACUCUUCGAGGGAGUUUUCAGGGGCCAUGGGAGGCCGCACAGUGAGCACCCCCAACAGCCAGCACACUUCCCCCAGCCGUUCUCUUAGUGCUAACUCCAUCAAAGUGGAACUGUACAGUGAUGAGGAGGUGGGCCGUGGCACAGGGCCAGAGGAUGAGAAAGGGGACAAGGUGGAGGAGGGGGAUUCUGAGCAGGGAGGAGAGGCAGGAGGUGGCUACAGGGAGCUGGCCAGUCCGGAGCCCAUGUCACCAGGAGGUGCCAUCCGGCUGCCCAAUGGGAAACUCAAGUGUGACGUCUGUGGGAUGAUCUGCAUUGGGCCCAAUGUCCUCAUGGUGCACAAACGCAGCCACACAGGUGAGCGGCCAUUCCAGUGCAAUCAGUGUGGGGCCUCCUUUACCCAGAAGGGGAACCUGCUGCGUCACAUUAAGCUGCACUCAGGGGAGAAGCCCUUUAAAUGUCCCUUCUGCAGCUAUGCAUGCCGCAGACGGGACGCUCUCACCGGCCACGUCCGCACUCACUCGGUGUCGUCUCCCACAGUGGGAAAGCCCUAUAAGUGUAGUUACUGUGGACGCAGCUACAAGCAGCAGAGCACCCUGGAAGAGCACCGCGAAUGCUGCCACAGCUACCUGCAGAGCCUGGAGACACAGAAGCCAGCCAGUGCUCACACUCAAGUAGAGGAGCUGAGGGACCUGGAGUUCAUGCCUGACACCCUGCUGCAACCUUCCUCAGACAAGAUUACGUUCAUCGAUCGGCUGGCCAACAGCAUCACCAAACGCAAGAGAUCCACACCACAGAAAUUUGUAGGACAGAAGCACAUGCGCCACAGUCUAGCUGACACGCCUUACGAGCUCAGCGCCACCUUUGACAAGGACGGGGAGACACACCACGGUCUGGACCAGCCACACUACACCGUCCUGGGAGGAGGCUACCUGGGGGUGCCAGGAGCUGGUGGAUCUGAAGGCCUCCGACCCAUAUGGCUGCCACCCCCUCACCCCUCCUGCCUGUCAGAGCUCCGGCCAGUCAUCAGCUCGGCGCACACCCCCAUAGCGCCGCCGAGGCUGGACUGCAUGGGGGCCGGGGCUGGCCUAGGGUCCACAGGAGUGGGGGGCAGGGAGGCUGCAGAGGGUCACGAGGACCUACCUCUUGGCCGCAGCCACGUCCCUUCGCCUAGCAACGUUUGCCAGGACUCCACAGACACUGAGAGCAUGCCGGACGAAGUGUUAAGCAAUGUGGUGCCUGCCCUGCCUCUCCACAACAACAAUCACCACCUCCACUCCAACCAACACCCAUCCCCCCUACUGCACCACAGGGGUAGGGACAGACACAGCCCAAGCCACGCCAGGGAGAGGGAAGAGGAUGGCAACUCUGCCAUCCCCCCGGCCCCAGGCUCCCCCACCUCCAGGGAGGUGUUUCGGGUGGUGGACGGAGAGGGGCACGUGUUGCGCUCCUUCCGCUGCGAGCACUGCCGCGUGCUCUUCCUGGACCACGUCAUGUUCACCAUCCACAUGGGCUGCCACGGCUUCCGCCAGCCCUUUGAGUGCAACAUCUGUGGCCAUCGCAGCCAGGACCGCUACGAGUUCUCCUCGCACAUUGUCCGCGGGGAGCACCUGCUAGGGUGAGGGAUGGCUGGGUGGGCCUCUGUACUUAGGUUUUGUUUGUUUUUUACUCUGAGAGAAGGGCCUGCUUGGGUUUGGUCUGCAUCACAAUAGGGGGUAGUAGGAAACUGCUUUUAGUAAAUUAUUUGUGCAAAGGCGUUGAUACUGUUAUCACAUAAACCUCGACUUCAAAUAGGCACAUUAGGUCAAUUGCAUCACUUUUAAAAAAGGAAAGAGAAUCCUCACCACUCUGACUGCACUUUUCAAAAUGCAUGAAUUCUUAAUGAGAAAAUGCACUUUAAAAUAGAUUUUAUUCUGAAGUAAAGGGAGUGAAUGCACUUUUUUAAAAUCCUCAAAGUGCCUUUCUCUGCUGUGGUCUACCUUUCCUCUCUUAUCCUGGUAAAAACUGGGUGCGCAAAACAGCGAUGCUACCAUCUAAACAAUGUGAUUUAUAUGUGACAUUUUGAGUUGUUUCGUCUACUGCACUUGAAUCAAUAUUUUAACCAAGAUAAGAACAUUCAGGCUUCCUUGGAAUUUGUCAAAGCUCUAUUUGAAAAGCACUUAACGGAUCUAUUCCAUUCCGUAACACACCUAGUCCCUGGGGGUGUGGCAGACAGUGUUGUUUAAGAUUGUGUGUAGAUGGUAUAUAUUACUGUUGGUCAUUUAUUUUAAUAAGUUGCAGUGCAGACCAGACCCAGGAUCCCAAGAUAAAUGUUCAGAAGAGAUUUGAGGGGUUGGCCUCAAUGAGGAGUGCACUUUCCAAUUUCAGUUUGUGUAUAGGUGUGUGUUUGUUAUUUUGGAAGUUAAGUUAAAUGAGAGUUUUAGGCUUUUAGCAGUGUGCAUGUCGUGGAAUGGGGUGCAGUAUGUUUGUUUCCUUUAAUUGUUUUUGUUGCACUGAGAUACCUGCCGAUAUCAUUUACAUUGAACAAUUUUAUAGAAGAUUACACUUAUGGCCUGCACCUUCCUCUGUGCAGCAUGUUGAAAGAAAUAAAACGUUUUUAAAACUCAUUCCACAAAAGAAGAGAGCCACUGCCACUAUUUUGGAGUUGAUGUCAACAAAGGGCAGGGAAAAGAUUUUUGGCAAUUUUAGGUCCUUGAUAUCCCACUGCUUUGUGUACUACAAAACAAACCUAAAUAUGAUUUUUAUUUACAAGUGAGACCUAAAACAAUUGUAUAUUCAUUGUGCUGUGCCUUUCAUGACGUUGACCUGGGGGACAUGUAUUAACAGCCAUGUCUUGCCAACAUAUAUCUUUAUGGAUGAGAAGAUGUAGUUAUUUUGACAAUAUAACAUCAAAUAUCCUGUCUGCCCCUGCUAAGUAGCCUGCCCAUGCUGAAUUCUAGAUUGCCCUUCACUAGUCACUUUGAUUGGCACAGUCACUCAUUUCUUAAGUAGCCUAAUCAUGUUGAUGUAAAUUGUAUUACAUCAUCCAAAAAGGAAAUAAACAUGUUUAAAAAAAGCACUCGGGCAUGUAAAAGAUAUUCAGUUGAUAAGUACAUGUCCACAAGAUUGUUACCUGCUGCUAAGGCAUAAAUUAGUAGUGUGUGGUUAUCCUCGGUGGUUGAGAUUGAGAACGUAGUUCUUCGGAAGUGACAUUGAAAUGCUUAUUCUUGUUCAAUGAUUUUCCUUUUUUCUCAUUGGACUUGUUUUUAUAGAGCAUUGAUGUUGGUAAACAUUUUCCUUGGAAUCAUGACUCGUUUAGAUCCCUUUGGUCAACUUUGACUACCAAGAUGUAUAGUUUGUAUUUUAUUUUCCACAACAAUGCUUUGCUCAAAGUAACUUGAUGAAUACGCACUUGUGAAUUUAAAAAAAGCACUUACAUUGAGAGAUUAGGAGACUGAGGGUAAGGGGUCAGUUAGGUCCUGAUUGGUUUUGGCAGUUGCCUUACUCGUUUACCUAAUCUCUUGGUCUUCACAGUGAAUGAACUUGGAAGCCUGUGGGGUUUAUACCUCUUGAUUAGGGCCCCAGAGUUUUCUAUGGUCAAGCAAAACUACUGGCCCUACUUAUGACACAGAUGAAGUAUGACAGACUGGAAAAUCUGCCGUGGGAUUUCUUUUUAAAAUAAAAAUGAAACUUUACCUCAUAAUUGCCUCUGGGGGGAUUAAGGUUUGGUGAAUGUUUAUUUUUUUUGGUGGUUAAUUUUAUGUUUUGACAGCGACAGCUCUGUAUCUUCACUAUUUGAUAUUUUAAUACAUUUUACAAAAAAAAAAAGGAAUGUGGCUUUGAAGUGGAGUACAAGAAAAGAUCUUAAACUAUUUCAUAGCACUUACAUUGUGCUGAAUUACAGGGCAUAGUUGCAUUAAUGUUAAUCUGUACUGGUGUUUGCCUUGUGAACGGAUAUGUAAUUACUCUUCAAAGUAGAUAUUUAGAAUGUAAAUAAAAAAUGGUUUAAUUAUUGAA